AUGCCUCAAGUUGUGAAUGUUGCAAUGCAUUUUGCCAAGGGCCCACUAUUAUCUAGACAUACCUUGGCAUAUCUACGACAGGUAUUCCCUGUGACCUGGCGCUUCACCUAUGGUCACAAUGAUCGCCCAGUACUUGACCCGUGCCUUCAUGCGAAGCCGCCGAAUUUCAAAUCGUUGAGAAUAAAAGGUGAUGCAUUAUUAAAGUAUGACGCUUCAACACUGCCCCUUCCCCCUUCUACCACCUUCAAAGUAAUUGGAUAUGUUCCUAGGCAAGAUAGUCGCCGGAGUAAUGGUACCGGCGAGUUUCAAAAGAACACCGGUCCUGUUGUACUCGCUCCGGUCUUGAUUGAUGUUGUCGAGGAAGAAGAACCGGACGGGCGUGCAGGCGGGUUAGACUCGGGCUUGCUGAAGGAGACAAACGUCUGCGACUGCGCUUGCAUGGUGAAGGUCGAGGCUUCGAAGAUAAUAUUGAAUUGCUUGAGACGGUGGGGAUGGAGGGGCGGGUGUGAGCAACUUGGUGUAGGAAGAGAACAUCACUCGUUUUGUUUGUGGAAAGCAGGACAAACUGCGCCCCCCGAGUGCGAUGCCAGUGAGAAAGGAAUACUGCGAUAUCUCCUCAACUUGGGCAACUUGGGCGGGUUUCACGAUUUUAAUCCGUCUGCUGAUCGCCACACAGCCGCUCUAAAGUCGAAACACGGCAUGUGA